AUGAGCGAGAGGAUGGACCCGCCGUCGCCGGGCGGCGAGAGCGAGGAGUUCCAUUUCCACAACCUCAGGCGGGCGCAGCGCAGCUCGUCCAUGAGUGCCGGCUUGUUCGCAACUGGUUCGCCCAUGGCCGGCCCAUCGGGCGGCGCGUCCUACUUCCCCGCGUCCUGGUCCACCGGCACCUUCAAAGGUCCCCCUGCCGCCACGCUCUCCGCCACGUCAUCCAUGGGGACCGUGCCGCCAAAAUCGGGCUUGCAUCCAUCGUUUGCCCCGUGGCGAAGGCGGAGCGAGAGCGUGGGGUCCAUGGACGUGGGGCCGACGACCCCCAGCUCUAUCUUCCUGCCUCGCAGCACCAGCGAUUGUUUCGACGUCGCGAACGCGUCGCAGCUGGGUAGAUUGGGAAUGUCCCCAGUCGCAGCAGCCGUCGCAGCAGUGGACGGCUACGGUUCGAUCGAUCAGCGGUACGGGUCGAAUGUCGCCAACGUACCUCGCACCCGCGACGGCACCGGCAGGCGAUUAGCAUCGGCAGAGUUACCCCAGCGUCCUGUGAGCGCAUCUGCGGAACUUUCAGGGCGCGCGUCGAGGUUGUCGCGGGGUUCGCCACCUCAAAUCCAGCGGCCGGUCUCCCCGCCGCCUUUCACUCCCCCCAUUCCCGUCGCGGAGCCCGUUUCUCCCGAUUCAGCAGAACCCGAUAUUAUCUUUAAGGCUCCGUACGCUAACGUGGCACCUGCCGUGGUUGGUGCUGUCGGCAUGCAACGGCUGUCGCUGCAGGUGAACCGGCUAGAGGUCCACACGGACGGCGUCGGCAGCCGAGAUGGCAGUCCACGUGGCAGCUGCUGCGGAAGCCCGGCUAGCAGCUGCGGCGCCAGUCCACGUGCCGGCUGGUCAGGCAGUCCGCGUGGCAGCUUCUUCGGCAGUCCACGUGGCGACAGCCACGGCGGCACGCAGCUGAACAGCGGGCAGAGCAGCAGAGAAACCAGCCCCAAAGACCUUCAGGAGAUUAACUCCUUUGAGACAAACCACUUCCCGGCGGGGAGAUUAAGCAUCCGCGCAGGAAGCCACGCGAGCAGCGCCGCGCACAGCAUGUCGGGGAGUCUCGCGAGCAGCCCGAGGGGCGUCAGCUGUGGCUAUAGUGCCCCCUGGGAGCUGCCUGGCGCCGGCGAUAUCAUCCGCUCCCCCGUCGCGCCGCCCACGGCGCAGGCGCCGCGCAACAGCGGGCAGCCGACCAUUCAGGAGCUUCUAGACGCGCUUAAAGCCAUCAGCCCGGACGCCGCGCUCGAAAGCGCCGCCGCCGCUGUCGCCGCGGCGACUGCUGCGGCCGUCGCGUCGAUGCCGCCCGGCGUGUCGAUCCCCCUCCCUGCCCUUUCCCCGUCCGCGUUAUUAUCCCCGAUCGCGGUCCCAAGAGCGGGGGACGGCGAGGGGUUGGGGCGCAGGCUGAGCGGCGGCUUGGACGGCUCGAGCCGACCGGGAUCGCCGCUAGCGCCGGUGCCGGAGGUGCCGCACGAGGAGGAGCGCAGCUGGGAUGGCCCGCCCGCCCCCCCCGCAAUGGGCUGUAGCGACGACGGCGCGGACGACAGCGACAGCCCCUUGGGAUCGCCGAUUCUAGGGUUAGGCGGGCGCGCGUUUUCGGAGAACGGGAAGUGGACGGGCAGCGGGAGGGCGGAAGAGCUGCGGAAGAGCCGCAGCGUGAGCGGCGGGGAGCGCGUUGGGGCGGAGGUUGUGAGCUUCCACGCGGUAUCUCCGCUGGUGGACGCGCGUGCCGCGGAGAAGGAGCUGGCAGUGCGCGCGCAGCACCAGCAGCAGCAGCAGCAGCGCGCGGGCGAACAGCGCGCGGGCGAGCACUCUUCCGCGGUGUGCAGCGCGUUCAGCAGCCGUAGCACGUCCGCGGACGGCGGGUCGGAGGAGAACGACCCCCUGGGGGACCUUCCAGGCAGCUUCGGGAGCCGUCUGGGUGUCGGGACCGCAGCUAACGGGCACUCUGGCGUGCAGGGAGCGCGGGAGGCGGGUGCAGCGGCGGCCGCAGGAGCGAGCGGGGGGAUGGGGGGAUCUCCGCGGUUUUCCGCGCGUGCGGUUUUUCCGCCUUCGUUUUCGUUAAGCCACUAUCUGCAAGACGACAACGACGGGGAACCGCUGGAGGAGGAGGGGGGGGAGGGGGAGGGGGAGGUGGAGGGGGAGGAUGGGGCAAUGGCUGAGGGUGAAGGGGCGGGGCUUGGGGAGGCAAAGGGCGCAGGCGCGGAGGGCGCGGGCGCAAGGGGUCCGCACGUGUGGAAGGCGGGGCCUGGGCUGGGGGAGAGGCGGAGGAGCUUUGACGUGCGCGCACUGCUGAAACCGGAGGAGGGGGAGGCGGAGCAGAGGCGCGCGGGCGGGAGGAGCGGGCGCGGGGAGAGUUGGGCGGAAGUGGACUGGCUGGGGCUGGAGUUUGGCGCGUGGCGGGGGGAGGACCUGGGCGGGUUCACUUGGGAAGAAGCGGAGGCUGUGUGGGUGGUGGAGCGGGCGGGGGAGCAGGCGAAGGGGGGGAAGGGGAGCGAUGAGGGGCAGGAGAAGGUGACAGAUGGGGCUGGUGACUUGGGGAAUGGGAGGGAGAGGAGGGAAGGGGGGGAAGCAGCGAAGGCGGGUAUGGGCGGCCAUGGGGGGGAGGGUGGGGAGGCGAAUGGAAGGGGAUUCGGCCAUAAGGGGAGUGGGGCAGGAGAGAGCCGCGGGGAGAGAGGUGAUAGCACAAGACAAGGUGCGGCCAGGUGCGAGGGCGUGCAAAGCAGUGGCAGUGUUGUGAAGGAGGAGAAGGAGGAGAAGGAAGAGGAGAAGGAGAAAAAGGAGGAGGAGGAGAAGGAGAAGGAGGUGGUGGUGGGGGCGAGGGGCAGGCGGGCGAGGGCGCUGUUCCCCACGUGUGUGUCGCUGAGCCACUACCUGAGCGACCCCUCCCACCCCGACGACGAUGAGCCCCUGGAGGACGUGGCGCACGAUGUGGGCGAGGGCGCGCAUGGGGGCGAGGGCGCGCAUGGACAGCAGGGCGCGCAUGGGCAGCAGGGCGCGCAUGGGGGGCAGGGCGCGCAUGGGCAGCAGGGCGCGCAUGGGGGGGGCGCGGAGGAGAUGCAGCAGGGGGAAGGGGAGGGGAGGAGAGCGGGACAGGGAGAUGGGAGGGGUACGGGGCGAGUAGGGAGUGCAAGCGGAGGGGCGGAUGGGUCGGGGUUGAGCCAGGAAGGCAACGUGCUGCUGCCUGCUCGUGCCCCUGCCAGCCUCCGUUUCUCCCCAUCCAAGCCGCCUCGCCCAUCCCCAUCUCCUCCCACCCGUGCCACCCCGCCUCCCCCCCUCAGUCCUGCUCCCACCAUGGCCUCUCAGCCUGCUCCUGUGGUCCCAUCACUGCCCCCACCAACCCCACCGUCCACGCCACCCCCGCCUCCUGCGGUUGCUGCACCUGCGAGCCCCUCUCCUGGGGACUGUGUAGCCCACAUGGCCGCGUUUCUCAGAAACUUCCUGGAUCUUUCAGCCACGCCGUUCCUCUCACUCGCUCUGCCUGCUUCCACCAUCGUGAGCUGUAACGACGCCACGUGUCACACGCUGGGAUGGCCACGUCAGCAGCUGCUGUCCCGCAAGCUGGCCUCUCUGCUCGUUCAAAAUCAAGCACAGCAGGAAGCGCAAGCCCAUGAGGAAGAGCAACAGCAGGAGGAACUGAUGCAGUCUGAGGGUGGGGAGGAGGGAGAUACGGGGCACAGGGAUAGGCCGAUGGCGGUGCGGCAGCAGCAAGGGGAAGGGAGGAGGGAGAGUGAGAUAUCUUCUUUGGAUUCCUGGCUGGGUGCUAUUAUGCGCACUGGGGUUGGGGAGGGCCCCCUUACAGUCACUCUCGCGAGGCCCAAUGGGCUGGCUGCUGUGCGCGCCAUUCUCUUUGCUGCCACCCUACACCCCUGCUCUCCGCCCUCCCACCCCUCUCAACCGUUCCACUCUGCGAGAGCAGGCAGCGAUGGUGGUGGCAGUGCAGCAACAGCAGCAGCAGCAGCAGCAGCAGCAGCAGCAGCAGGGGAGGCCACGGUGGCCAUCAUGCUGCAGGUGCUGCCGUGA